AUGUACAUAAAUGGAGUGAAGCAGCAAUCGAAGAGUAAAUUCCGCGCGUUCAUGGAGUACAAAGGCCCAGAUGGAGGUUUCCGAGUAAAACUGCGCGACAACUCAGAGGAAGAUCUUUCGGAGGAAGAAGCGGAUGACGCGAGCGACGAUGUUGUAGUGGAUGCGCAGUCA